GCGUUGCUACAAUAUUCGGAAAAUACAAUAUUCGGAAAAUAUCACAACACAUCAAUAAGAAGAUGACUCACAGCAAAGUUGUAAUAUUCAUAGUUUUUGUUGUAGUGCGUUUCCAGAUGGCAUCACUAGUCUCUCACUCUCUUAAGCACAUCUCCACUGGAGUCACACCAGGGAUCAGUUUCCCUGAGUACACGCUUGUGGGUUUGAUGGAUGGAGAGCCGUUUGUGUACUAUGACAGUAACAUCGGACAGAUGGUUCCUAAGGCAGAGUGGAUAGAGGAGAACGAGGGUACAGACUACUGGAGCAGAGAGACCCAGAUUCAGAGGGAUUUUCAGGAGAUCUUCAGGACCAGUGUGGCUGUUCUAAUGCGCCGCUAUAACCAGACUACAGGAGUCCACACAUUCCAGUCCGUGAUUGGCUGUGAAUUGGAUGAUGAUGGCACCAAACGAGGCUAUCUACGGCAUGGCUAUGAUGGAGAAGACUUCAUCAGUCUGGAUCUGAAUACCAUCACCUGGACCGCAGCCAAUGCUAAAGCCAUUAUUACCAAGCAGAAGUGGGAGGUAACACCACUACUGGCAAAUUUCUGGAAGAGGUACCUGGACAUCACCUGUAUCGAGUGGAUAAAGAAGUACAUAGGAUAUGGCAGAGCCACCCUGGAGAGAAAAGUUCCUCCUGAGGUGAUCCUGUUCCAGAAGGACUCCACUUCUCCAGUGGUGUGUCAUGCUACAGGUUUCUUCCCCAAAGAAGUGAUGAUCUCCUGGCAGAAGAAUGGAGAGGACCUGCAUGAGAACAUGGAGCUCAGAGAGACAUUACCCAACCAGGAUGGAACCUUCCAGAAGAGAAGCAUUCUGACAGUCUCACCUGAGGAGCUGGACAAGAAUGACUACACCUGUGUAGUUCAUCACAGUGGACUGAGUUAGUGCUGAGAGUGGCUGAUCACAGAGUCCUGCUUCCAGGUUCCUCUCUAGUCAUCAUUGGUGUCUUGGCUGUUCUCCUCAUUCUCUCUGGUUUUGGUGCUGGACUUCUCAUGUGGAGGAAGAUGAUG